CUGGAUAAACAUCUUUCCGUCUGCCCAAAUAAUCCACUGUUUCAUGAAACUCCUACUCGUAUCAACUCAGCAAAUCAUCAGGGUUCGGCCAGCAGUUCGUCACAGCUACCUCCUAUCAACACGAUUACACAGGAGGUGAUCCUAUUUCUUGAGAAACUGAGAUUUUUGAAGGAAAAAUUGAAAUUAGACGAGUGCGAGCACCUGACAACUUCUAGAAACUUUGAGAGAGCUAUCGAUAUAGCCUUGGAAAAUCCUCGACAUUGGUCGGUGAAUGGAUUUCCUGGACGGCUUGUUUGCACAGUGAAACCGUCGUUGACAACAGAAUCUACCUCGCCAUCUAUAGAUGCCGGCCAAGAGGCUAUUCCACCCAGCGCAGGCAACAGAGAAGGCAGCCGCACGUCCAUACCAGACAGCCGUGGUACAAAAAGGCACAUCUAUCAAAAUGGGUGUCUAGUCAACAUUCUCAGAUCACAGAAUAUCUUAUCAACUGACUUCAACUAUGUUGAGUUUGGAGCGGGCCGCGGAGGAUUAUCCCACUGGGUGAACUUAUGUCUUGCUUUCGACGACGCUGAGCUUCCCGAUGUUUUGGUGAACGAACAUUAUUGGCCAAAUCAUCCUGUGGAUACUAAUUUCAUCCUCGUCGAACAGAACAGUAUACGAUAUAAGUUCGAUACUCGACAUCGUGACGUGGGUAACUUUAUUCGUCUACGCAUGGAUAUCGCGCAUCUUGACCUGAAAAGCGUCCCGGCUCUGAGCAAAACCAAGCACAAGCCGAUUGUUGCACUUGCAAAACAUCUGUGUGGAGACGCGACGGAUUUGGCACUCCGCUGCUUGAGAAAUGCAUCCAAAUCGGUUGAUGACGAAGAGAGGUCAUUAAGUAUCGGUGGUGCAUUAUUUGCUGUUUGUUGUCAUCAUCAAUGUUCGUGGGAGGAAACCGUUGGUCGAAUGUGGCUGGAAAAUGAGGCCGGUCUGACUGCGCGAGAGUUUGCCAUUGCGGCGCGCCUCUCCAGCUGGGCCACAUGUGGAUUUAAACGUUGUCGGCAGUCCACCAAUCCAGAAGACGAUGAUGGACAUUCGAAACAGCCAAAUACAUCUGACUUGUAUGAGCUUGCCGGCUUGACCAAUGAAGAAAGAAUUUCCAUCGGUCACACUUGCAAACGGCUGAUAAACUGGGGCCGACUGUGUUUCAUCAAAAACGAACUGAAGUUCCCAGAAGCUGCUAUGUGCACGUAUACGACGGUCGACGUGACUCCGGAAAAUCUUGUCCUCGUUGCUUCCAGUUCAUAUAGAUGAUGAAACCUCUC